AGUGUUGGAACAGGGGGCACAGUCUGACUGAAGGACAAACUCAAGCGAAUGCUGAGUCCGCACGGUCCAGACACACUCGGACUACGCUCUGCAUUUUAGUAUAAUGGCCCUUAGAAGAGUAAUGGAAGUGUGGACGAGGUCUGGAAGUUUGUUAUCCACAUAUCGCUACAAAGAAAAAGACCUUGGAAAAGGUGAAGAAAUCCAAGGUGAUGAACACGGAGCUGAAGAAAAUCCUGAAGCACAAUAUGAAAAACAGAACCAUAAAUUCAAAAUCCCAAAAAAUAUUAAAAUGAAAAACCUUAUCACAAGCAAAAGGAAUUCGAAAUCUGAAGCUGUCUUCAGACCGGAAGUUGUAGAUGUGGACUUUGAGGCCAUUGAAUGCAUAGCAGACUCCCCUGAAGAUCCUGAAGAGAAAAGUCAGAAAAGCAAAAUUAAAAUAGCCAAUAAAAUAAAAUUGCCCGACUUCAUGAAACGCCAGAAGAAUUCAAAAUACCCCGAAGCUCCCUCAGUGAGCCUAGACUUCAAUGGCAACCUUGAACAAAACCGUUUGGCUGAUGCACAGCAGCUGCUGGUAAAAGCUGAAGAACGUCUCUUCGGUUCAAAUAAUUUAGGCAGGACAGAAGAUGAAGAGGACAAGCUCCUGAGAGACUCAGAGAUAUUCAGGGAGCGACUAAAGUUUGCCAUUCUUGACUCUUUCAAUGAGGAAAAUCAGGAGACACUUAAGAGUGCGUUGAUUUCAAUACUUCAAGAGGAGGCACAGGACAGACGUUGGGCAGAAGUUUCUGAAAACCAGCGUCCAAUAUGGAGGCCCACAGAGUGCAGACAAAAAAUCCAUGAUCCACUGCUUAAGACUUUAGUGGAGACACGAUUGAAAAAUGCAGAUGGACAGGAGAAUAAAGCAGACAAGCUGUCCACUUCCUUAAAGAGAGAGGUGUGCCGAACAGGCAAACAAGUACAAAAAGACCUGCUGAUUGUGGUCCGAAAUCUAAAGGAGUGUUAUCCAGCAGACUUUGACAUCUGCAGAACAUAUGCUCAACUUUACCAUCAGACCUUCUCCGCCAGACUGCAAGAGCUUACCAGGUCCAGUAUUGAGUUUGAGGAUUGCGCCUAUAUACUGAGCUGGAUAAAGAUCUACUACCCAAAAGAUGUACUGAAGCACAAAGAACUGGAGCAGCACAUCAACAGUUCAUUACUUGGACCUCUGUUACCUGAGGAACAUCUUAAAAGAUUAGAGGAUCAGUACUUCUCAUGCAAGGAGAAUGAAGUCAGAAAUUGGUUAUCCAAUGCUUUUGAUAAAGAAGUGGAUAAAUGGAGUGAUGGCUUUGAACCUGAGCUCAUUGAAGGAUGCUACUUUGGUAACCUUGCUGUCGAUGUUUUGCCGCUUAUUGAAGGAACUGUGAAAGAGGUCAAUGCACUUUUGGAAUGUGAAAGUAAAUCCUGGAGUCUUCUAUGUCUACUGGAUAGCUCUCUACUGAGCUAUGGGACAAGUCUGAAAGAACUUGUCAAAAGAAAACAAGAAAACAUUCCUAAAAUUCUCAGGGAUAGCUUGGUGAAUAUUUACGUUUUUAAGAAUUAUGUACAAAAAGUUGAACAUUUUUUUUUAGAGGACACUAUAACGACUCGGAUGUCUAUAUUAAUGGAUCUCAGAAACAUCUGUCACACAUAUUUCCUCAGCCGAAUUCACAAGGAACUGAAGCCAGUGUACCGAAAGCUGUGGACUCAAACCUGGUUUGCUGGAAACUCUGAGGUUGUAGAGGAGCUGGUGAAGGCCAUUGAAAAAAUCAGUAAUGAUUUCAAAGAUCUGAAGCCUGCCUGCAGAGAGGAACUGCUGGCUGAGCUGCAUGUAGAAGUAAUGGUUGAGUAUGUGAGGCGAAUGAUGAAGAGAAAACUGAAACUGAAAGACAAGGAAAAGCAAGAAGCGGCUGCUGAGUUCAUGUCCCAAGACAGCAAUGAAAUAUGCUCUGUUUUCAUCAAAUUGGGAUCUAAAGAGGACUGGCUCUCUAAAAUACUGCCCAAAUUAUCAGAGAUUCUGAAACUACAGGAUCCUGGAAGUUUGCAAAUCGAGAUUGCUACUCUGGCAAGGGAUUAUCCUGACAUUAGUGAGCAGCAUGUUCUUGCACUCCUGAACCUGAAGGCCAACAUUUCAAGCUCAGAUCUGCGUAGGAUUAAAGGGUGCUUGACUGACAACAGGAGCCCACAGGAGUCCUCCACUGCUUUCUUCUCUAAAGUACUCGUCAAGCGAAAAAUUAUCUGAAAAGCACAUUACACCUUCAGCUAAUGUUAUGCAGAUGUGAUCAGUAUUAUAUUAAGAAAACUCUGAACACUAGAGUCCUAAAAUAGCUUCUCUAAAGGACUCGUCAAACAGAGAUUCCUCUGAACGUCAUGUUACAAUCUAUAGCUAUAUUCUAACUAUACAUAUAAAUGAUCAGUAUUGUGUUGUUAGAGAAAACACUAAGAUUUAGCUGUUAUCAACCACAUUUUACAACACAUUGGAACAUCACAAGUUGUUUAGGUGGAUGCGAGCUUUCAGUAAAAUCAGUUAGAAAAACCUGUAAAAUGUGAAAAUGUGUACCUGUAAGGUGCUUUAGCUUUAUUUGAGUGCAUGUUCAGGCUAUGUUUCAUGCUUAAAGCAGCUCUACCAAUGUAUUUAAAAAGCAAAGCAGAAAAAUGUUUUAAUGAUUCGAGUUGAAAACUUGGAUUUCACUGUAACUGUCUGGACGAUACAGGUUUAAAUAAACAUUAAAUACCAAGUUAAACAUA